AUGGUGCGACUAGCAGUCUAUGGGGGGGUCAGCACUUUCUUAUCCCUGUCGAUCGUUGCGGCGGCGUUCCGUCAAAGGAGCAACUUCUAUGCGGCCUGCAUUUACUUAUCGAAAUCCAGCGCUUGCAUGAUGAUCCUCAUGAAUAUGGGAUUCUUUCUCACCAUUAUAUUCGGGCAAUUACUUCAAACCAUAUUUUUCGGACGUUUGCGCGCUGUUGAAAUAGAGCAUUUAUAUGAGAGGUCUUGGUAUGCAGUAACGGAAACAUGCUUGGCCAUGACCAUCUUCCGGGAUGAGUUUGAUACUAGAUUUGUUGUGACAUUUACUACCUUAUUGUUCUUGAAAAUCUUUCAUUGGUUGUGUCAGGAUCGAGUAGAAUUCAUGGAGCAGUCGCCGGCUGUUCCGAUAUCGUUCCACGUGCGAAUGGUUUCGCUGAUGGAAAUAUUGUGUGUUGUAGAUGCCAUCCUUGUUCAUAAUGCCGUCGAUUCAAUCAUGAAAGUUGGUCCAAAUAUGAUGAUCAUGUUUGCAUUCGAAUAUUCUAUUCUAGGAGCUACCAUAAUAUCUACCAUAUCCAAAUAUAUUUUGAAUAUUAUUGAUAUGAGACGAGAGGAGCCGUGGGAAAAUAAGUCCAUCUACGUCUUUUACUUGGAACUCGUGACCGAUUUCUUUAAGUUGAUUACCUAUCUGAUAUUUUUUGCGAUAAUACUUAUGUAUUAUGGAAUACCUCUACAUAUAAUACGUGACGUUUACGUUACACUUCGAUCUUUUCUUCAAAAAUGUGGUGAUCUUGUUCGAUAUCGUCGUGCCACAAGGAAUAUGAACGAGCGUUACCCGAAUGCAACCAACGAAGAACUCGAACGACUGAGUGAUCGAACAUGUAUCAUCUGUCGAGAAGAGAUGAUAGCUGCCAAUAUAAAUAAUAAUGAUAAUAUUGUACUUGAGGAUAUUGCUGGAGUUGGUUGGAGAGACAACAGAGCUGCCCUACGUGUCGAAGACCCGUCUUGUCAGAACGUAAGUUUCAUAGCAAAUCCAAUUCCAGGAUUUCCGGCUGUAACAAUAUUUCCUCCUCCGGGGAUGCAAGGCCCAUGGCCUGUUCCUCCGAAUCCGCAUGCAAACUUGAACGAACGUAAUGUAGAAGAUCAGGCAAACCCAUUAGCGAACCAAAAUACACAACAAUCCACUCAUCAGGAUUCUUCACAAAAUAACUCUGGAGAUCGAACAUCAAAUGAGGAUGAAGCUGCCAAUGCAUCACAUUCACAACCCCCCACAAAUUCAUCUUCGUCCACGUUACCCAGAUGGCCCUGGGAUCAAAACAACACAGCAUCUAGAAUAUUUUCUUCAGUGCAACAAUCUAUAGGUCAUCAACCGCAUAUUUCACAAUUCCCUGGUCAUGUCCCACCCGGGUUAAUACCACUUUUCCCCAUUCUGCCUAUGCGAAGUAAUGGUAAUACGAAUGCAGGUGGCAAUGCUACUUCAUCAUCACUAAGUAAUUUAUCGGAAGAACAAAUUCGUCUUCUGGAAACUACUUCACGGGAAGCACUUUCGGAAAGAAUUCGAAUAUUACAAGAUACUCAAGGACAAAUUUAUAAUAUUAUCAGUACACUGACUCAGACCUUGAGUGUGCUCCCUCAGAUUCCUGCAGCCGAGAUACCUGCAGUGUCAACAGAUGCAAAUGCCUCUACGUCGAAUGUCGAUGUUGGUAUCGAGAGUGUGAAUAACAUUAACUCUAGUGAGAACUCUUUAAAUAAUCAAAAAACCGAUGACGCGAAAAAUAAAAAAGGAAAAGGAAAGAGUGUAACCGUGACGGAAGUCGAUGAAAGUUUUGAUCGCUGGGAACAAACAAAUGAUUCUCUGGAGUGA